AUGGACCAAUCCAAACUGAAGGAACUAGCCGUGCAAUUGUUUGACUUACAGGUUUUCAAGUUCCGUGAAAGUACCGGUACAAACUCACCCUUUUACCUUGACAUUGAUCAAUUCAUGAGUCAUCCACAUAUCAUGAGUACUGUUUCGGAUCUACUAACUGAGUAUAUGAAGCUAACCAUGGUGGACUCGAAAGUUCAUCUGUGUAGUGUAUCGUACACGGCACUUCCUGUAGUGUCACUCGUAUCAGUUAAGACUGGAAAAUCUAUCCUACCCCGUAAGCAAGUCAAAACCUAUGGUACAAAACAGCAGAUUGAGGGAAAAUUCAGUACCGGCGAUAAGUGUCUUAUCUAUGCUAAUGUUGUUUCUUGCGGUACAACUGUACUGCAAACAGCAAAGGCUUUACGAGCGGAAGGACUCGUCGUGACGGAUGCUAUAGCGAUAGUGGAUUCUGAAAUGGGCGGUCUCAAAAACACUGAACAAAACGGUAUUAGGAUGCAUUCUCUUUUCACGCUGUCAUUUAUUCUGAAAACCCUGCACGAAGCACAUCGUAUUGAAGAGCGCACAGUACUGGGCGCGUUGAAAUUCUCCGAGGCUACUCAACUCGAUAGACAACAGAAUAAUGACACCAAAAUAGCAAUACCAGAUGAUAAAAAUUCUGUAGAUACACGCACCGCUCAUAGACCAAUUUUUUUUAUUAUUGGUUUAUGGGUUUCGUUUCAUUUAAUUAUUUUCGUAUGGAGAGCAUACUCUUCUUAUUGUUCGAUUGAUUCAUUAUGA